AUGUGUUCUUUGGUAGAUUAUAAGAAGUUUAGAGGUGAGUUGAACAGACUCCUUUUGGAAGGUGACAACCUCAAGGAAGAAGAUGAGCUUUUAUUUUCUUUGAUUUCAGAAUCAGAGAACCCAAAAGAAGUAUUGGAUCUUACCAAGGAGUGGAAGGAGGAAGGAAAUAUGUUGUUUAAAAGUGGAAAUACAGAGGAUGCUUUGGAGAAAUAUGGCUAUGCAUGUCUCUUCCUUACUACAUUUUUGUUUCAGUUGGAAGAAGAUAUAAUUAAGUUUUUUGAGUUGGCUAUUUGUAUUCUGCUGAAUUUGGCUGCUUGCUUUAACAAGAAAAAAGAGUUUGAUCAAGUUGGUUACAUAUGUACCAUCAUUUUGGAAUUUGAUCCAACUAAUAUCAAAGCUUUGUUUAGAAGAGCCACAGCUGCAAUUGAAUUGGGCAGGAGUGAUUUUGCUUAUUGGGACUUGGCAAUAACCCAUGAACUUGAUCCUUCAAACCGGGAGGUAGGUAAAAAAUUGGAGCAAGUUCAGCAAUCUACUUAUAAAAGGGGGCAUAUAUCUCGUACUGAAAGCGCUAUUCCAGUUGGGCUUGGAUUAGGGUUGCCAUCCCUAAAGAUAAAGCAGGAAGAUAAUGUUGCCUUGGUUAGUAUGGAGACGAAGGAUAGUGCACAACAAGACAUACCAAGUGAGGAGGGAAAGUUGGUGAAAGGAUGUCCUGAUGAUAAGGUUUGCUUAAGUAAGGUGGCAAGUGUGGCUAGAGAUGAGGAGAUGGAGGACAAUAUGUGUUGCUAA